CACACACACACACACACACGUAUGGAAUUACUCUCACCAUGGAGGACUCACUCCGGCCUGCGUUGUGCUCAGCUUUGGCCUUCAGGAAUCUCAUUCCUCAAUGAAGGAUAUUAAUGAGCACAGAGGGGGAUCUUCAACACCUUUGUCCUCCUCACAGUUCCACACGCCGAAUGUGGCCUUGUUGUAAGCGAGGACAUGGCCAAGGUGUACAGACUGAGUAUAGGGAUAAUAACAGCUCUGGCCUUAUGCAACUACUCCACGGCUGAUUGGAACGUCACCAUCGAGUCUGCCAAUCAAACGGAGGCCCCGUGUCAUCACCAUGGAAACGGAAACAAAUGCACAGCACCCACCUCACAAACAGAAGAGUGGAACGGCCAUUUUUCCAAAUGCCCGGAAGAACUCCACCACUACUGCAUCCACGGGGAAUGUCGCUAUAUCAAAGACCAGAAGACGCCAUCUUGCAGGUGUCAGCAUGGUUACGUUGGUUCCAGGUGUGAGUACAUAGACCUGGACUGGCAGAUAGGAGAAAGGCGACAGUUAAUCAUCAUCUGCAUCAUUGCGGCACUCGUGCUCCUCAUUCUUCUCAUCUUGUUCGUCUUCAUCUGUUCACAUCGCAGGUGCAGAUUGUGUCGGAAGAAAGGACGACAGAGGGAGGAACCGAGGAACGGGACUGAGAAGCUCCAUAUGAUGGACACCAGUGGACAUACCUUAACACCAGACCCAAUGGAAGCUCUACACAACAACGAUGUAUGAGAUGAGAGUGUCUGGGAACAGUUUGGGAUGUUGUCGUUCGGACACGCAGGGACGACCAAAGUUCAAGGCCUGCAGGCCGGUCAGGGAUGAGUCCUCCUGAGUCUGUCCAAGAUGGUUAUCAUGAGGAAUACAAAGAAACCAGAAACAAGCUGGAGAUACCCUGUUGGAUUCUCCAUAAAGACAAGCUGGAUAUCAUUCAGGCCGUGUUGUCAGCGAAAUCCUUUUAUUCCACUGCAGAGGAGCAACGGGCACCCGCAGUCUUUCAAGAACGGCCAACUGCUGUGGGCUAAACAAAUAAAAUGUUGCUGCAGAACAGAUGGUUGCUUGAGUUACACUCAGUAGAGGAGGGCAGAAGAUAGUUAACCACUGACUUUCUAAUGUCGACAAAUACAUUCACGUUUUCCAAAGUGCUUAAAUGAACAGUUACCAAUCAGUUCCUGCACGUGUUCAUCACAAAGACAUCUUGGCAACCCAUAAGAUUGAAUCCCAGACAGUAAACCAAACCUAAACCUUAAGGCUAACUGCAAUCUCUAACCCUAAACCAACCAACUUUGUGUACCAUUUGUUGAAUUGUCUACCUUACCCUUUGUCAUGUUUUGGUUGUUUUUGUUGAGAAAUUAGAUUUUUUUCCCUCUCACUAACUUUAGUGCUAACCCUAACCUUAAUCCCUUAGCGUUAAAGCUAACCCAAAUGACUCAUCACUUCAGUCUAACUUUAACCCUACUGGUCUAUCAGUUAACUCAACUAUCUGCAGUCUGAUUUCUAUUAUUUUGGUUGUUUCUGACAAACAAGAGGAUGAUUCCUCCUCAGUCUGACUCUAAACCUCAAGGCGAACCCUAACCCUUGUUGGUUUACUGUUUGGAUCCUCCAUUAUCCUAUCUUGGCUUCAUCCCGGAUCACAUGUUCACUGCCAAAGGAAAACUGCACUUUUUGUGGGAUUUUGCCCAUCAUUCAUAAUCCUUAUGUGAAACAUGUGCAAACAUGUCUUUCCGUUUUCUGUGCUUUCUAAACAGAGAAGAACAGCUAGCAUGAGGCAGCUAACAAUAGCAGCUGAAUUUGAAAUAAUGUAUCUUAAAGUCAUCACACAUUUAUUUGAAGCAAUAUCAUUUAGACAAGGUCUCAAUUAUUUACUUACUUUGUUGACUGAUACAGCAAAGUGUCGAUAGAGCAUAAAGAUCGACAUUUAAGCAUCACUACCGAGCGGUAAUGUAAGCUAGCUAGCUAGCUACUCCAUUAGCUAAUGGAGUUGAAUUGAAUUUAUCAGCUCAACGGGGAGCACAAGUCAGGACACGACAUUGUAAGUGACAAGUGACAUUUACCCCUGAAAAUUGUCCCUUAUUACCCCGGAAAUUGUCCCUUAUUACCCUUGAAAAUUGUUCCUUAUUACCCCUGAAAAUUGUCCCAUAUUACCCUAAAAAUUAUACCCUUAUAAUUUUUAGGGUCAGGGGUAAUAUUAUUACCCCUGAAAAUUGUCCCUUCUUACCCCCGAAAAUUGUUACUUACUACCCCAAAAAUUGUCCCUUAUUAGACCGAAACUUGUCCUUUAUUACCCUGAAAAUUGUCGCUUAUGACUUUGAAAAUUGUCCCUUAUUACCCUGAAAAUUGUCACUUAUGACCCUGAAAAUUGUCCCUUAUUACCCUGAAAAUUGUCCCUUAUUAGACAAAAAAUGGUCCCUUAUUACCCCUGACAAUUGUCCCUUAUUACCUCUGAAAAUUGUCCCUUAUUACCCCUGAAAAUUGUCCUUUAUUACCCUGAAAAUUGUCCCUUAUUCCCCCGAAAAUUGUCCCUUAUUACCCCGAAAAUUGUCCCUUAUUACCCUGAAAAUUGUCCCUUAUUACCCUUGAAAAUUGUCCCCUAUUACCCUGAAAAUUGUCCCUUAUUACCCUUGAAAAUUGUCCCUUAUUACUCCUGAAAAUUGUCCCUUAUUACCCCGAAAAUUGUCCCUUAUUACCUCGAAAAUUGUCCCUUAUUGCCCCGAAAAUUGUCCCUUACUACCCCUGAAAAUUGUCCCUUAUUACCCUGAAAAUUGUCCCUUAUUGCCCCAAAAUUGUCCCUUAAUACCCCGAAAAUUGUCCCUUAUUACCCCGAAAAUUGUCCCUUAUUACCCCUGAAAAUUGUCCCUUAUUACCUCGAAAAUUGUCCCUUAUUGCCCCGAAAAUUGUCCCUUACUACCCCUGAAAAUUGUCCCUUAUUACCCUGAAAAUUGUCCCUUAUUGCCCCCAAAUUGUCCCUUAUUACCCCGAAAAUUGUCCCUUAUUACCCCUGAAAAUUGUCCCUUAUUACCCCAAAAAUUGUCCCUUAUUACCCCGAAAAUUGUCCCUUAUUACCCCUGAAAAUUGUCCCUUAUUACCCCAAAAAUUGUCCCUUAUUACCCCAACAAUUGUCCCUAGCAUGAGCGCUAUAUGCUAACGCUAUGAGAAUGGCGUAGUGUAGGUGAAUCCCAUUAAGUGCAUUGUUAGCCGCUGCAUGCUAGCAGUUUUUCCUCUGUUUAGAACGCAAAGAAAAGGCAAUUUAAAAAAAGGUUUUCCUACCUCAAAGUUUUCCUUUGAGGUAAGUCAACCAACCCUCUACUUCACAGUUUUCACUUCGAUCUUAUCCAAUCAUAUCGCUACGCGGUUUACCUCCAGAAUGUUCCAAAAGCAAGGCUUGUUUCUAUUUACGUUUUACACCACAAGCUACAUUUUUGUUGGAGUGCUACAUAUAAAAGGAAGCAGUUUCAGACUCCAAACGUGAAGAAGUACAUACAAGGACGACUUGUAUCUAAGUGUACAUUUGGAGCCAAGCGGCGUCCCGGUGGAACAGUGGAGCCAGUGUAGCGUGGGAAUACCCGCCCACUGUUAGCAUGCUUCACUGAAUAUUUAAUAGCAAGGUUAGUGAAGUCGGCUCUCUUAUUUAAGUUUUCAUUGGUCUGCUGUUUGUAUUUAUAUGAAGUCUCACUGUAUCCAUCAUAAAACAAACCCACCAUUGUCUGGUGUACUUGUAUU